AAGUACGUUCGGCACCCCGACUACCUUCGCGAAGAAGAGGGUAUUUGCUUGCCCCGACUGCCCUAACCACUAAGCAGAGUCCAACUCGCGCCUUCUCUUUGCUCCUACGAGCCUCCUCACAAAGUGAGGAGGCUUGAUGCUAAGGGAUAUGAAGUUCGUUUCAGGAAUGGGAAAGUUUCUAUUGGGAUUAAUAGGAAAAUCAUUGUACGGUGGAAAGAUCGCGGGGAUAGGUAUCAAAGAAACCCCAGAAUGAUACACUGGCAAGUAGUAAAAAAGAUAUGAAGAUAUAUCCAAGGAACAAAGAAAUACAAGUUGCACUAUUAAGGUUACGGGUUUGCUAUUUCUACGGUUAUUUUGUGAAGAAAACACAACCCAGAAUUGAGAUUUUGAGCAUUCAAGACACUGGCAGUUUGGUCUGUAAUUUUCAUUGGGAUCUUCGGUCGGCUCUGAUUGAGGCGUCUUCUAAUCUUUAAUCGCCUUUCUAUUGAUUAGCUUAUCUCUCCAACACUUUGAAAGGCAUUGGGGGUAUCAAGUUCUUCAUGGUUGAUACCGGGAGAGAGAAGGUUUGAAGGAGAAUGUCAUAACAAUCAGGGUUUUUGCUUGCAUUAAGGGGGAAAGGGAGCGAGAGGAUGUUGAAGUUCUUGUCCAAGGUGAAGAUCGAGUUCAAUCCAUUGGACACAGGCAGAACGGCAGCUUGCCUCGAAUUCUUGGCUCAGUGCAAUGCUCGCAGGGCACGUGACUCUAAUCCGGGGUGCCAAAUCACUGUUAAGAGGCGCACCGACAACUUCGACCCUCAGAUCACUGUGACAUUUGUUAAUGGCACUGAAGAGGUAAUCGAUGCCGCUUCCACUCCUGCCCAGGACAUUAGAGAAAAGAUAUUGGCCAAGGGAAGGAUGUUAGAGACUGAGCAGAUGUUUCGAGAGGCUGGUGAGGCAUGGCCUGUCAUGAUUCCUGAAGCUGAACGCAAGGAGCCUGUUAUUAUGGGAUACAAGGCAAGAAAGGCAGAAGAAAAGCAGUAAUAAUGACAUUGAUUCCUUUCCACUGCAUCCGGCACCCUGCCCCAUUUCCCUCCCCCUCCCCCAUGCACAGAAAGGGCUUGUUCUUGGGAUUUGCCCAACUGUAAUAUUUGACCGUCAAUCCAAUUAAAUUGAAGAUCCGGCUUGCUGCAUUUUUUGCUCUCUUCGUAAGCUGUUGAAAAGAUGUCCGCUUAUAUCCAAGAGCAUGUAGUUUGGACCAUUGAAUGAACUGACGGAAAGCAUUUUAUGCCGAAUGCAAUAUCCUCAAAGAAAGUACUUGUAAUAUUCUGGCUUUCCAACACAUAAUAGGGCAAAUUUAGAAAAUUUUCAACCUUUUUUUGGGGACGUUAUCUUAUUGAUAUUAGAAUUUAAAAGCAUACCUCAAGUGUAAAUUGCAAUACUUCGAUUGUUUUAGUGGUAUUGUAAAGCGUUUCAAUGCCUUAUUUGAUUGGAGGGGCAUGCAUAAUUUUCUCAAA